GGCCUUGCAUAAGGAUGUUCCAAAUAUCAACCUGUAUGGCGAUCGUCAGAUGGUUAGCUGUAGGAUCCUUGCUCAAAGACAGUGUAACGGUGUUCUCCUAGAAGGCUGCCUUCUUAUCCUACCACGAUGAGCAAAUGAUCGGAACAAGAGAUAACUAUACAACCUAGUGAUUGCUUACCUUGUGCUGGCGGGAAGCACCAGGAACAUGGGUCCUUUGCGAUGUGCAGCGUUGCUUUUGCCGUUGCUUUUACUAGCAGAACCUGCGCACUGCUUGAGGCGGCGCUUGGCAGCUUUUUCACGGAGUAACAAUGUUCACUCGCCCAACUACACCAUUUACCAUCGGCAAUUUGAACUUUUGCGGAAGGUGGACGCGAUUGUAAAGGCGAACCCAAAUUUUAUGAAGUUGGAGGUCCUAUCUGCAAAUGAUGGCGAUUACAAAGCGGAAUUGAAGGUAACCCGACGGCUGACAGCUUUGGACUGAGUGAUUGUGCCUUCAGGGUGUGGAGUAUUCGUUAUAGCCGUGGCACUUCCUUUCAACUCUCCCUUCUUCAUUCCUUUGGCCACAGGUGGUCACUAUUGAGCCAGGGGGUUUCUCGAACCGGCAGCAGGAGAAAGUGCAUGUCCUGCUGGACUUUGGAGAGCACGGACGUGAGUUCAUUAGCUCGGAGCUGGGUCUGUUGCUGCUGCAAACCCUAGCCGAAGGCGCGGAGCAGGCUCAGGGGCAGGCGGGAGCAGCAGCAGCAGGUGGAGGAGGCAGCAGGGGUGUGGCGGGCGUCUAUCCCGAGGAGCCCCAGCGGGGUCAGCAGCUGCAGAAGCUGCUGGAGGGAACCGUUAUCAAGGUGCUGCCGCUAGAGAACGAGGGUGGGCGGGCGCUGGUUGAGUCCGGGCGGCUGUGCGAGCGCAAGAACGGCCGCGGGGUGGACCCCAACCGCAACUGGCCGGUGGACUGGGGCAAGAAGGAGCCCGACUACGACCCGCACGAGGAGUACCCGGGGACUGGGCCCUUCAGCGAGCCCGAGGUGAAGCUGCUGUCCCAGCUGGCCACCGAGUUCGCGCCCAAGAUCUGGGUCAACAUCCACAGCGGCAUGGAGGCCAUGUUCGUGCCCUGGGACCACCGGGCGGAUGUCCCCGAGGGCGCGGGUGACGCGCUGGCCAUCCUCCAGCGCAUCCAGGCGGAUGUGAUGGCCAACACGAGCUGUGUGGUGGGCUCGGGAGGCAAGACGGUGGGCUACUUGGCUCACGGCACCGCCACCGACUACAUGUGGGCGGGGCUGCACGUGCCGCUGCCCUUCACGUGGGAGAUCUACGGCGACUUCUCCGCGCCCUUUGACGACUGCUUCCGCAUGUUCAACCCGCUGGAUGAGGAGGGGGUGCAGGCGGUCCUCCAGCGCUGGUUGCGGGCGCUUAUGCGGCUGAUCGAGCUGGCCCCCUCGCACCCGGCACUCAAGGACGAGCCCGCAUGGGCCGGACUGGCAGCAGCAACCGCAGCAGCCGAGGAAGGGAACAACGCCAGUAGCGGUACAGGGGGCGCAGGAGAGACGCCGGUGCCGUCAACAGAAGCACAGGCAGCAGCAGCGGCAGCAAGCAAAGCGGCAGCAGGAGGAGUAGUACCGGUUAUAGAGAAGCCGGCUGAGCUGAAGCAUCAGGGAAACGUGCUGCCCACUCUCGACAACAAAACCGGCCCCAUCAUUGGCAAUGGUGGCGCCACGGGCAGCCGCAGCAGCAGCCGCAGCCGGGUCGAGGGUGGGCAAGCAACGAGCACUUCAACAGCCGCUCAGCAGGACGCAACGCAGCAGCGCAUGCAAGGCACGCAGAGUGGAAAACAAACCAGCAGCAGCAGCGGCGGAGGUGCAUCUAGCGACAAGGCAGAGCCAGCGGAUGGCGAGGACCGGGUGGCAGUGGUGGCGGAACCCGCCAAGUCUGGGAUCUGGGUCGGAAGCGGCGGCCCGGGCGGUGCGCUCUUCGCAGCCGCUCUAGCGCUAGCAAGUCUGGCAGGAGUCGGAGCGCUUGCAUACAGGUACGGCAUUCGGCUGUCGUCGUACUACGGCAGGUGCUAUUGCUUGCUGCCUUUGUGGUACGGUAGGGGUAGUGUUGGUAACAUUGUGAGUAUUAGUGGUGGGAGUGUGUACGGUGGUGGCGGUGGUGGAGGACUGGUGCAUCGUCUGAUGGGUCGGAUGGGUGGUGCGGCGAGUAGGAAGAGCGCUCGGUCGGCUGUUGUGUGAGAGGUUUAACGAGGGAAGAGGGGAAGCGACGCUUUCCAUGGCAGUAUGACGUCUAAUGCUGUCAUGAGGCUUCAUGACCCGAACGGUUUGGUGUGACGUCUGUGGCUGCAAAGGGCAGCGGCAGUCACUCGUUGUCACUAGUAGUGGCGACUCCGGCACCGGAGGCCGGUAGCGUCUAGCUCAAUACACGGAACAGGAUAGUGCUGUUUUGGUGGUGGGCUUGGGCCAGGGCCUAUAGUAGUGUAUUCCUACGAGGACUUUGAAGCGUUAAGAGGGUCAUGUGAUUACUCAUCCAGCAAUGCUUGCAAUUUGGUCAUUGGCCAUCAUGGAGGGCAUGCAGAUAGACCCAUGGGUCUGAUGGGUCUCCUUGUGUUCCGGCUGUGGCAGGAGGCGGUUCAGAUUGGAUGCCAGGCGAAUCCGAGAGUUGGGAAGAGAGCUUCUGCUUGCCAAUUGAGUAAGCGUUUUGAGGUAGGCAAGCGUGACUUAACACUGAACCGAACCAAACCCAACUGAAGAACUUACGAAGGUUAUGCAUGACUGUUCCUGUUCCACUGGACUGGACAGUUCCGUGGCAUUAUGGACGUGGCGUUUGUGUGUUUCCCGCUCACGAAUGUUUCCGAUACACGGGGGUAUUGCAGGCCGGCGGUAUGUGUACCUCGGAAUAUGAGGUGGAGGGUUGGUAAGGUACAUAACUCGCUACGAACAGCAUCUGUGGGAUGCUUUGUUCAAUAACCCACGUCGGACCCGCCAGCUAGCUUGCUGAUUGCUACUAUGUCUGGAUUACAGCUUUAAUGUGGAUACAAAGCGCUGACAAGACGGGUUACGUUUCUUCUUUUUUAAAUAUCAACCUGUAUGGCGAUCGUCAGAUGGUUAGCUGUAGGAUCCUUGCUCAAAGACAGUGUAACGGUGUUCUCCUAGAAGGCUGCCUUCUUAUCCUACCACGAUGAGCAAAUGAUCGGAACAAGAGAUAACUAUACAACCUAGUGAUUGCUUACCUUGUGCUGGCGGGAAGCACCAGGAACAUGGGUCCUUUGCGAUGUGCAGCGUUGCUUUUGCCGUUGCUUUUACUAGCAGAACCUGCGCACUGCUUGAGGCGGCGCUUGGCAGCUUUUUCACGGAGUAACAAUGUUCACUCGCCCAACUACACCAUUUACCAUCGGCAAUUUGAACUUUUGCGGAAGGUGGACGCGAUUGUAAAGGCGAACCCAAAUUUUAUGAAGUUGGAGGUCCUAUCUGCAAAUGAUGGCGAUUACAAAGCGGAAUUGAAGGUGGUCACUAUUGAGCCAGGGGGUUUCUCGAACCGGCAGCAGGAGAAAGUGCAUGUCCUGCUGGACUUUGGAGAGCACGGACGUGAGUUCAUUAGCUCGGAGCUGGGUCUGUUGCUGCUGCAAACCCUAGCCGAAGGCGCGGAGCAGGCUCAGGGGCAGGCGGGAGCAGCAGCAGCAGGUGGAGGAGGCAGCAGGGGUGUGGCGGGCGUCUAUCCCGAGGAGCCCCAGCGGGGUCAGCAGCUGCAGAAGCUGCUGGAGGGAACCGUUAUCAAGGUGCUGCCGCUAGAGAACGAGGGUGGGCGGGCGCUGGUUGAGUCCGGGCGGCUGUGCGAGCGCAAGAACGGCCGCGGGGUGGACCCCAACCGCAACUGGCCGGUGGACUGGGGCAAGAAGGAGCCCGACUACGACCCGCACGAGGAGUACCCGGGGACUGGGCCCUUCAGCGAGCCCGAGGUGAAGCUGCUGUCCCAGCUGGCCACCGAGUUCGCGCCCAAGAUCUGGGUCAACAUCCACAGCGGCAUGGAGGCCAUGUUCGUGCCCUGGGACCACCGGGCGGAUGUCCCCGAGGGCGCGGGUGACGCGCUGGCCAUCCUCCAGCGCAUCCAGGCGGAUGUGAUGGCCAACACGAGCUGUGUGGUGGGCUCGGGAGGCAAGACGGUGGGCUACUUGGCUCACGGCACCGCCACCGACUACAUGUGGGCGGGGCUGCACGUGCCGCUGCCCUUCACGUGGGAGAUCUACGGCGACUUCUCCGCGCCCUUUGACGACUGCUUCCGCAUGUUCAACCCGCUGGAUGAGGAGGGGGUGCAGGCGGUCCUCCAGCGCUGGUUGCGGGCGCUUAUGCGGCUGAUCGAGCUGGCCCCCUCGCACCCGGCACUCAAGGACGAGCCCGCAUGGGCCGGACUGGCAGCAGCAACCGCAGCAGCCGAGGAAGGGAACAACGCCAGUAGCGGUACAGGGGGCGCAGGAGAGACGCCGGUGCCGUCAACAGAAGCACAGGCAGCAGCAGCGGCAGCAAGCAAAGCGGCAGCAGGAGGAGUAGUACCGGUUAUAGAGAAGCCGGCUGAGCUGAAGCAUCAGGGAAACGUGCUGCCCACUCUCGACAACAAAACCGGCCCCAUCAUUGGCAAUGGUGGCGCCACGGGCAGCCGCAGCAGCAGCCGCAGCCGGGUCGAGGGUGGGCAAGCAACGAGCACUUCAACAGCCGCUCAGCAGGACGCAACGCAGCAGCGCAUGCAAGGCACGCAGAGUGGAAAACAAACCAGCAGCAGCAGCGGCGGAGGUGCAUCUAGCGACAAGGCAGAGCCAGCGGAUGGCGAGGACCGGGUGGCAGUGGUGGCGGAACCCGCCAAGUCUGGGAUCUGGGUCGGAAGCGGCGGCCCGGGCGGUGCGCUCUUCGCAGCCGCUCUAGCGCUAGCAAGUCUGGCAGGAGUCGGAGCGCUUGCAUACAGGUACGGCAUUCGGCUGUCGUCGUACUACGGCAGGUGCUAUUGCUUGCUGCCUUUGUGGUACGGUAGGGGUAGUGUUGGUAACAUUGUGAGUAUUAGUGGUGGGAGUGUGUACGGUGGUGGCGGUGGUGGAGGACUGGUGCAUCGUCUGAUGGGUCGGAUGGGUGGUGCGGCGAGUAGGAAGAGCGCUCGGUCGGCUGUUGUGUGAGAGGUUUAACGAGGGAAGAGGGGAAGCGACGCUUUCCAUGGCAGUAUGACGUCUAAUGCUGUCAUGAGGCUUCAUGACCCGAACGGUUUGGUGUGACGUCUGUGGCUGCAAAGGGCAGCGGCAGUCACUCGUUGUCACUAGUAGUGGCGACUCCGGCACCGGAGGCCGGUAGCGUCUAGCUCAAUACACGGAACAGGAUAGUGCUGUUUUGGUGGUGGGCUUGGGCCAGGGCCUAUAGUAGUGUAUUCCUACGAGGACUUUGAAGCGUUAAGAGGGUCAUGUGAUUACUCAUCCAGCAAUGCUUGCAAUUUGGUCAUUGGCCAUCAUGGAGGGCAUGCAGAUAGACCCAUGGGUCUGAUGGGUCUCCUUGUGUUCCGGCUGUGGCAGGAGGCGGUUCAGAUUGGAUGCCAGGCGAAUCCGAGAGUUGGGAAGAGAGCUUCUGCUUGCCAAUUGAGUAAGCGUUUUGAGGUAGGCAAGCGUGACUUAACACUGAACCGAACCAAACCCAACUGAAGAACUUACGAAGGUUAUGCAUGACUGUUCCUGUUCCACUGGACUGGACAGUUCCGUGGCAUUAUGGACGUGGCGUUUGUGUGUUUCCCGCUCACGAAUGUUUCCGAUACACGGGGGUAUUGCAGGCCGGCGGUAUGUGUACCUCGGAAUAUGAGGUGGAGGGUUGGUAAGGUACAUAACUCGCUACGAACAGCAUCUGUGGGAUGCUUUGUUCAAUAACCCACGUCGGACCCGCCAGCUAGCUUGCUGAUUGCUACUAUGUCUGGAUUACAGCUUUAAUGUGGAUACAAAG